AUGUCUGGUGAUCAACAAGAAAGAAAAAGUAUUGAUUCUGAUGAAGAUAUCGUUGCUGAAGAUCCCGUUGCUAUUGGAAAGACAAGAACAAAUAGUGUUGAUAAUGAAAGAGACAUCACAAGACAAUCAACAAAGAAUGAUGAUCAAAAAUCCAUACCAAUCAUCAAACAAAUUACAAACAAUUCAUUAAGUAAAAAACUUGGUGAUUCACAUAAUAAUAUUUUAAGCCCAGCCAAGUUAAGAAUUGUUUUAUGUGCCAUGUCAAUGUCACUUAUGUUUGCAUUUAUUGAUCAAAAUGGUAUAUCAGUCGUGCUUCCUUACAUCGCUAAUGAUUUGGAUGCUCAACUAACAAUAAGUUGGGCAGGUACUUCACAAUUGAUUGCAAAUUGUUGCUUCCAAUUACUAGUUGGUAGAUUUGCAGAUAUUUUUGGUCGUAAAAAUGUUUUAGUUUUCAUGAUUUUAAUGCUUGGUAUAUUCGAUCUUGCAUGUGGGUUAGCACAAACAAGUGUUCAAUUUUUCAUAUUUAGAGCAAUGUGUGGUAUUGCAAAUGGGAGUGUUAUGUCUCUUGUUAUGGUUGUUAUGAGUGAUCAUGUUACUAUUGCUGAAAGAGGGAAAUAUCAAGGUUAUUUAACUGCUUUUAUCGGCUUGGGUAAUGGGGUAGGUCCAUUAUUAUCUUCAGCUUUUGUUCAACAUAAUUAUUGGAGAAAUUAUUUCUUUACAUUAUUUGCAUUAGUAACUGCAAGUUCUUCAAUUAUUAUAAUUUUUUUACCAAAUUCUAAAACAAAUAUAAGUAUGAAAGAAAAAUUAAAAAAUAUUGAUUAUGUUGGUUGGGUUUUCGGAUCAUUGGGACUUAUAUUAGUUUUGAUACCAAUAAAUGGUGGUGGUUUGACAUAUGAUUGGAAUGAACCCAAAAUUAUUAUAAUGUUUGUUAUUGGUGGGGUAUGUUUUAUUGUAUUUGGUAUCAUAGAGACAAAAUUUGCCAAAUUACCUCUUGUACCAUUCAAAGUUUUCAGAUCAACAUCAUUAGCAUUAAUUUUUAUCCAAAGUUUCUGUCUUGGUGUUGUAUUUAGUCCAUUACUUUAUUAUUUGGCAUAUUAUUUUGAAAUUGUUAGAAAUAAAUCAGUUUUAAUAACUGCAUGCUAUUUCUUAUGUAUUAUUGGUCCACAUUCAACUUUUUCUGCAAUUUCAGGAAGAAUAGUUUCGUCAACUAAUCAAUACAAUCCAGUUUUAUGGACUGGAUUUGGACUUUGGACUUUAACAUUAGGUGUUUGGGCUGGUGCCAUAGAUAAAAAUACAAGUCUUGUUGGUGUUUGCUUUUUAAUGGUAUUUUAUGGGAUAGGUCAAGGUAUGACAUUUCAAAAUACUUUGGUUGCUGCUUUAGCUCAUUCAAGAUCUCAAGAUAGAGCUGUUGUUAUAUCAACAAGAAAUACACUUAGAUCUUUUGGUGGAUCAUUGGGUUUAGGUUUUAGUUCAUUAAUAUUUGCCACAAGUUUUACUAAAUCAUUGAAAAACGAUGAUUUUAUUAAUCAACAAGAUAAUUUACAAUUGAAACAAUAUCUGGCUGAACAUGUUUAUUCCAAAAUUGAUUUAAGUCAUAUUUCUAUAACCAAUGAACAACAUGAAUAUAUUAGAGAUAUUUAUAUGCAAUGUUGUAAAGAUGUUUUCACAUUUUGGGCACCAAUCAUUGGUGUUGCAUUUAUUGUUUCAUGGUUUAUUAAAGAUAAAGGUCUAUCAACAAAAAAUGAGCAAAAAGUUGAAGAUGAACAAAAAUUUGAACAAAAUGAUAAUAUAAAAGGUGAAGAGAAAGUAUGA